UGAUCCAGAUUGAAAAGAAAGUUCUCUUCAAAAUUUUACGCAUAUAAUACGCAUAUUUUUUAGAUUUCAAAUCUUGUGAUUUGUUUAACUUUUGUAACGGAAAUGGAGGAAUUACGUGAUGCCAGCAUACAUCACACGGCGCAAAAGCUCGCCGUUGCCAUAAAAGCAAUGAAGAAUUAUGAUGAGAUUUUUAAAAAAGUGCAGAUACUAGCUUGCAGCCCAGGGGUUGACAAAAAUGACUUACGCAAUACUCUGGAAGAUGCCAUCAAAUCGACUGGCCUCGAAACCGAAAUCCGCAAUAUUGUAUUCCAUUUAGUUCGCAACACACUAAUUACAGAGACAAAGUCACAGGAGAAGUUAGGACAUAGCGCCGACCCGUUGUCUUAUUUGCGACGCUCGGCUGUGCAAUGGGAUCGUCGUGUGCGUAAAAGUUUGAAUGCAAUGUGCGCCGAGUUGAGUAUGCCGCUGCAUGGACAGCCACGCGCCGUGAUGGAUCGCGAUGAGUUGAUUAGUAAAUGGGAAGAGCUAAGCAAUUACACAAUCGAUCUUUCCAACUACCGACCUGUGUAUGCGCCAAAGGAUCUCUUGGAUGUGCUACUCUCACUCAAAGGCCCACAAAAACCGCCCGAAGACACUGAGUUUGUACAAGUGCCUAACUGGGAGUUCUCACACAUCGAAUUACCAGUCAAAAAUCUCUUCGAAUUGCGUCUAUUAUUCGCUGAAUUGUUUCGCAAAGAGGGUACAACAAAUAAUUUAGACUUACCCGCACAAUGUAAACGUAUACUGGACACCAAGCAAGCGCCACUUUGUCAACACUUUCUGAAAAAGGGCAGGACGCCGGCACCAUUCCGUGGCGAACUCUGGUCUUUUGUGCUGUCGCAUGGCAGUUACAUGAAUGGACAGGAAUGCGAUCACUGGGCGCGUUUGCGCAACAAAGUUUUAACCACCGAUCAUAUUGUGGACAAACUGAUCUUCAAGGAUAUUCAAUUGACUGCUUCCAAUGAUGAUCAGUAUUUUGUUUUCGAAGAUGUGCUCUAUCAGAUAAUGCUUUGCUUCUCACGCGACACAGAAAUCGCUAAUCAAAUACAGUUUGAGAAAUAUCCGGUAAAGGGUAGAAAUUAUGAAGGACCACCGUCGGGUGUGGUGCCCUUCCACGGCAUCUGCAUGUUUGCGGCGCCAUUUUGUUAUCUUUACGAUUCGUCUAUAAAUUUGUACUUCACAUUUCGCGCCUUCUAUAUACGUUAUUGCCAUCGUUUGACCACAAUAAAUACACAUCCACAAGGCAUUGUUAGCUUGUGUUUGUUGUUUGAGAAGCUGCUGCAAACACAUGAACCGCUGUUAUGGUCGCAUUUUCGCGAACUGCAAAUACAACCCAUCCGUGUAGUCUUCAAAUGGCUUAUGCGCGCCUUCAGUGGUCAUUUACCGCCGGAUCAGCUGCUCAUACUGUGGGAUUUGAUACUUGGCUACGACAGUUUGGAAGUGCUCUCACUCUUCGCCAUAAUUAUUUUAAGUUUCCGCAAGGACAGUCUCUUACAGGUCACAUCGCUAGAUAAUAUUGAGGCAAUAUUAGCAGAUCUGUCUUCGAUUAAGGUGUUGCCACUUAUACAAUUGGCACUAUGUCGCGAUUAGAAUGCGUGGCUCAUAUAAAAAGAUGAUCAUGAUGCUUUAUUUUGUACAUCGAAAAUUUAUAUG